UAUUCUUUUAAUGGAACCUUUCAAAAAUGUUAAUUAUUCUUUUUUUUUUUUUAAAAAAAAUAUACGUGAACUUAUUUUAGUACUAAAGGCCAAACGAAGAGCUCUCCUCGUCUCUCCUAUUCUUUUCCCCAAUUUCUCUUCCCCUUUGGGAGCUCAGCUCAGAUCCGAGAUCUUUAGGCUAAUCAAGCUAGGGUUUGAUCUCUUCUCAUAUCACGUCUUCAACCUUAUUGGUUUAGCUUAGUUUUGGCAGAAACAAGAUAAGAUGGGAGGUGGUUUUCGUGUCCUCCAUCUGGUGAGGCCUUUCCUCGCUUUUCUGCCUGAAGUGCAGAGCGCUGACCGAAAGAUUCCAUUCAGAGAGAAGGUGCUAUACACCGUUGUAGCGCUUUUCGUCUUUCUGGUGUGCAGUCAAUUGCCUCUUUAUGGCAUUCACUCUACAACAGGAUCGGAUCCCUUCUAUUGGAUGAGAGUCAUUCUUGCUUCCAACAGGGGGACUGUUAUGGAGCUCGGAAUCACACCGAUUGUGACAUCAGGGCUUGUGAUGCAACUUCUCGCUGGUUCAAAGAUCAUUGAAGUUGACAACAAUGUCCGGGAGGAUCGGGCUCUCUUAAACGGAGCACAAAAGCUAUUGGGAAUCCUUAUAGCUAUUGGUGAGGCUGUUGCCUAUGUUUGCUCUGGCAUGUAUGGAAGUGUUGACCAACUCGGAGUUGGAAAUGCUAUCCUUAUUAUCCUUCAGCUCUUCUUUGCUGGGAUCAUUGUUAUAUGCUUGGAUGAACUGCUUCAGAAGGGAUACGGAUUAGGUUCUGGAAUUUCUCUUUUCAUUGCAACCAAUAUUUGCGAAAAUAUAAUAUGGAAGGCAUUCAGCCCGACCACCAUUAACAGCGGCCGUGGAGCUGAGUUUGAAGGUGCUGUUAUUGCUCUGUUCCAUCUACUGAUAACCAGAACAGACAAAGUUCGUGCUCUGCGCGAAGCUUUUUACCGGCAAAAUCUCCCCAAUGUUACGAAUCUCCUCGCUACUGUCCUGAUCUUCCUGAUUGUUAUCUACUUCCAAGGGUUCCGUGUUGUCCUCCCUGUGAGGUCAAAGAAUGCCCGUGGACAACAAGGAUCUUAUCCUAUCAAAUUGUUCUACACCUCAAACAUGCCAAUCAUUCUGCAAUCUGCACUUGUUUCCAACCUUUAUUUUAUCUCUCAGUUACUCUAUAGGAGGUACAGUGGAAACUUUCUGGUAAAUCUUUUGGGCAUAUGGAAGGAGUCUGAGUAUUCAGGUGGUCAGUAUGUCCCCGUUGGCGGUAUAGCUUAUUAUAUCACCGCACCUUCAAGCUUAGCAGAUAUGGCUGCAAAUCCUUUUCAUGCAUUGUUCUAUCUGGUUUUUAUGCUAUCUGCCUGUGCCCUUUUCUCCAAAACAUGGAUUGAAGUGUCUGGAUCUUCUGCCAGAGAUGUUGCCAAGCAACUUAAGGAACAACAAAUGGUGAUGCCCGGACACCGUGAAUCAAACUUGCAGAAGGAGUUGAACCGCUACAUACCUACUGCUGCAGCAUUUGGUGGCAUGUGCAUUGGCGCAUUGACAGUGUUGGCAGAUUUCAUGGGGGCAAUUGGUUCUGGAACCGGAAUUCUGCUUGCCGUGACUAUUAUUUACCAAUACUUCGAGACUUUUGAGAAGGAGAGAGCCAGUGAGCUUGGCUUCUUUGGUUUCUAAACUUAAUCACCUUAAGGAGCUAAAAAUGGCGCCAAAGCUGCCUUCAUCACAAUUUUGGUGUGUAAUAUAUGUAGCUAGAUCCUGUUAACACCAAAAGGCUCGAGUUCUAUAUGGCUAGUUAGGUAUUUUUCAAAAUUUUCCAAAGUUUUUUAUUUUGUUUCAUUUUAUUAGUGUAUCUUUGGAAAAUACUUAUAGCCCUUGUGGCUCCACACUUGUGAAAAGUUUAGUUAUUUAUAACGGAUUUUACGAGGAGUUUAAUUUUCAAGAA